CCCUCCCGAAGAGCCAUAUCGCCGCUCGGCACGAUCUCGCACUCUUUCAGCUUCGUCCGUUAGCAGUAGAAAACAACAAGAGAAUAAUGUUAAACGUAAGCCAAUUCGUAAAGAAGACGUAGUGUGCGAUGAGAAGAAGAGCGAGAAACUUACCGAGAAAAGAAGUGACAGCCACAAUAAGAUACAACGGCAGGAUGCAGUCUGCUACAGCAGUUCGUCAAACAGCUUAACCUCAGAGAGUAAGGUUGAUAUACAGGGAAAUGACAAAGCUAAAACACUGGAAGCAAAUGAUUACAGCAUAAAAAAAUCGUCUGCUGAUGACAAGAAAAAUAAAUUCCGCUCAGUGAGUUUGACUCCUACACGUGUUCGAACACUCGACGUAACGCCAGUAUUUCGCUCUAGUACCUACGAUGUACCAAUGGUUAGAGGGAAUGAUCUACUUGCACCAGACACUAGUCCUAACAAAUGUCGAAGGAUCACCCUACCUUUGUGCCAGGAUCUGGGUUUGGCUGCUCAAAAAGCCAAAGGAGAUCAAGUGAAUGUACCACCUUCAAAUCCACACGAAGUGAUUUUGCAUCGAAACAAGGAUGAUAGCAGUUGCCGAACUCGAGGACUUGGAAUGCGUGUUAUCGGAGGAAAACAAGGAAAAUGGGGACGAAUGGGAGCUUAUGUGACGAAUGUAGAAGAAGGAGGCCCUGCCGAUUUACAAGGAAACAUUCGAGAAGGUGAUCAAAUAAUAACAUGGGAUGGACAAUCAUUAGUAGACGUUACAUUUGAGGAAGCACAGGAAAUAAUGGAUCAUUCCGGUAAUAUUGUUCAGAUUGUCAUUUGGCAUCGGCCAGUCACUGAAGAGGAAACCGUUGCUCCGACUGCGGCAUCAAGACGGGAAAAAUUCCAAAGAGCAGACACAACGGAUAUGGAGUUGACGCAGUCGAUAAACAAGGAAUUCGAAAGCUUUGGAGUACGGCGGAAAAAGAGAAUACUUCCGAAAACCCCAUUGGAGAUAAAGAAGGAUACUACACGCUUGAUCACGGGACGUCUACAAAUGAAACUUAACUACAAACCAGAACAAAUGAAAUUAUUUGUGACUUUAAUAAAAGUGACAAAUUUAGUUCCUCCAGAGAAACCCGAGAGAAAAAUACCAAACCCUGUUGCUAUGCUACAUUUGCUACCCAAAAGAAAUGAAUCACAAGUUUUCGAAACCACAACAAUCUUGGAAUGCUCGUCACCAGAAUGGAACGAAACUUUUACGUUUGUUGAAAUCCCUCCAUCGCGGUUCAAGUCCUUGACGCUUGAAAUUACUUUGUGGUCAUUUAACAAAUCGGCUGACGAUGAUUUCAUAGGAGAAGUUCUGAUGGACUUGUACGAUGCCCCUAUGGACAAUCAGCUAAUUUGGUAUGAUCUAGAAGAUCAUGAUGAGAACAGUUCUCCUCUGCCAGAACGCCAGCAAUUCUUUCCUGACAACUCACCAAUGAGUUCAGCAUCGACAGAAACAUCACGUGCCGGGACCCCGUGUCGUGGGUCUCCAAGUCCAAUAAACAGGAGUCCUGCUCAUUCUUUUAGUCAAAGAAGCGUUUCGGGCAUGCCAAAUUAUGAAAAACGGAAACAUUUGCUUACACAUACCAAAAAAUCUCCUGCCCGAGAUAAGUUAGACGCACCAUUUGGACGGAUUUCCCCUUUGCACUCCCCGGCUAGCAGUGAAGAUUCUUAUAUUGUGCAGCCAGGCCAGAAUAAUUUAGUUGCAAGUGAUUAUCUGCCACAACAGCAACAUACCAUAAGUGAAUAUUUGAUACAGCAGCGCUUGACCUUAGUUAUUGAUCCAACGUUUAGUGCGUGCCUUCAGCCAAACUCAGGUGUCCAUCGAAAUUCCCUGAGUAAGAAGGUGAAGCGAAAGAUGUCACAGGCAGUUAUGAAAGUGUCGGCAUCAUUGGCUGCAUCGGAUUGUCGAGAAAGCAACGAAAGUCUCCCUUCAGUAAAACUCUCCGAGUCAGAUUUACAUACCUUAAUAGUAGAGGAUUUCUCCCAGCCGGUCAACCGCAGUGUUAGUGCUGGCAACGUUCACACCUUGGACAUUAAAGACUAUUUGCUGCCAUCUUCGUUGCAGAACAGAGGCAGUGCACCGCAGUUAGGUGAUCUUGCUACACCUCUGUCGCAGGCAACUAGUAUUACGAGUCUUCAUGCAGAUACCACAUCAGCUGAAUUACUUAGAAGUACUCAGACUUCACCUUUACUUCAACAUAUUCAUAAUGUACCGGAGUUGCCAUGCCAAGGACCAGGGCAGAUCGAAGCCAUACAGCCAGGUGAUGAAACGAAAGGAUGUAUGAAACUUGGUUUUAUAGUUACGAAGGGUCAGUUAGAAAUCAGUGUAAUCACAGCUCAGGGUUUAUCAAGACCCGACAAAUCUUCGCCACAAGAAACCUAUGUGAAAACGUAUCUGAUGCAAGGAAAUAAAACAAUGCAGAAGAAGAAGACGAGUGUGAACAAAGAAGGUGUGAAUCCAAGCUAUAGAGAGAAGAUAAAAUAUUCUGCCUGUAAUGCUCUUGGAAGACACUUAAAGAUUAACGUUUGGGAAAAACAGAAAACUUUCGAUAAGAAAGUAUGCCUUGGAGAAAUCGUGGUAAAAUUAGAAAAUUUGGAUUUGAGCAGGCAUACAGUUGGCUGGUAUCAACUAUUCUCACCUGGAGCUACAGAUAUGAGUUCUGAUGAAGCCUUUUCACAUUGGUAAUCAUUAAAACUAUGAAGAAAGUCUUGGGAACGCAGUUUUUGGAAAAGAGCGACAGAAACAAACUUUAUAGAGAUAGUAAUGCAGUUCUCAUCUCUAGUAAAGAACGACCAAUGGUGUUGCUGUGGCUUCAACUUUAGCUUGAAACAUUUGCCUAAAAUUGGUUUAUGGUUGUCUUCAAAAUAUUCCAUGAUGGAAUGGACAUGAAAAUCUACCGGAUUUGUGUAAAUAUAUAUAAUCUGCCAAAUUUUCUGAUACUGCGGGACGCUGUUAUAAUGAGAUGACUACCCAGCAAAAUCGUUUUUCGAUUCCUGAUGAAGAAAACAAUUUCAUUUAAUUUACAUCACUGAUAUCCUUUGCGAAAUGCAUGAAAGGUUACAGAAUAUGCUAAUAAUCCUCUUCCUCCAACUGCUACUCAGUCUUUUGUUCUUCAUUUUGUUUCUCGUCUUAAAAAGAAAAAAAAAACCCAGAAAAUCGAAACCUUUCAACAGAACGAGGCUUCAUGAA